GCAGGCUGAGCGCGGGCGGUGGGCGGCGAAGCGUGGGCCCGGCCGGCGCUGCCCGACAGCGGCAAGUUUGGGAGUUACACUAGUUGGCGGGGGAGAGGCCGGGAGCGGGCCAUGGAGGAGGGCCGGGGGUCGUCGCCGGCGGCCGAGUCGGCCCUGGAGAAGAACGUGGCGGAGCUGACCGUCAUGGACGUGUACGAUAUCGCGUCGCUCGUGGGCCACGAGUUCGAGCGGGUCAUCGACCAGCACGGCUGCGAGGCCAUCGCGCGCCUCAUGCCCAAGGUCGUGCGCGUACUGGAGAUUUUGGAGGUGCUGGUCAGCCGCCACCACGUCGCUCCCGAAAUGGACGAGCUGCGUUUGGAGCUGGACCGUCUGCGCCUGGAAAGGAUGGACCGCAUCGAGAAGGAGCGCAAGCACCAGAAGGAGCUCGAGCUUGUGGAGGACGUGUGGCGAGGGGAGGCACAGGACCUCCUCUCUCAGAUAGCCCAGCUGCAGGAGGAGAACAAACAGCUCUUGACCAACCUCUCCCAUAAGGACGUCAGCAUCUCCGACGAGGAGUUCCAGAAGCAUGAAGGCAUGUCGGAGCGUGAACGGCAGGUGAUGAAGAAGCUGAAGGAGGUGGUGGACAAACAGCGGGAUGAGAUCCGCGCCAAGGACAGGGAGCUGGGCCUGAAGAACGAGGACGUCGAGGCUCUGCAGCAGCAGCAGACACGGCUGAUGAAGAUUAACCAUGACCUUCGGCACCGGGUCACAGUGGUGGAGGCCCAGGGGAAGGCCCUGAUUGAACAGAAGGUGGAACUAGAAGCAGACAUGCAGACUAAGGAACAAGAGAUGGGCCGCCUGCGGGCAGAGCUUGGGAAGCUUCGAGAGAGGCUGCAGGGCGAGCUCAGCCAGAACGGGGAGGAGGAACCUGAGACGGAGCCAGGUGCAGAGGAGGGUGUCUCUGAGGCGGACAAGCUGGCCAUGGAGCUGAAGGACCCGAACCGCCCCCGAUUCACGCUGCAGGAGCUGCGGGAUGUGCUGCAUGAACGCAAUGAACUCAAGUCCAAGGUGUUCCUGUUGCAGGAGGAGCUGGCCUACUACAAGAGUGAAGAAAUGGAAGAGGAAAACCGAAUAUCCCAACCUCCACCCGUCACGCAUCCGAAAAUGUCCCCCCAGCCGGAGUCUGGGAUCAAGCGACUGAUCUUUACAGCCAUAAUGCCCAUGAUGGCAGCGGGACUGAUAAUAGAUGACCCCACGCUGCAGCCUAUCCGAAGACUUGUCUCCCUUGUAGGCACCAUUUCUCUGGUUUCCUUUUGAAUUGUGCCUUUGGAAUGGCUGCUGGGGCUGGCAUGUCUUCUUGGCUACUUCACCUGCAUGACUGUCACUCGUGUGUCCCAUUUGAAAUGGGUGUUGAAAUGUGAUUUCAAAUGUGCCGGUCACUGCACUCAAUCCGCAGGAGUGAUGCCCCAGAGUCUCCGCUCUGUCACCAAUAAUUCUCUUUGUCUCUUCUGUUUCCAUUGUAAAACCACCUUGUCCCUGUUCCAGUAAAGACGGGCCUUUGAGUGACGGGUCAGUAAGCUGUGUCCCUGGUCCCCCGAGUGACACUAAUACUGUUUUCAGUCUUCACGCUGGAGCUUUCUAAACUGCUUUGUUUUGCCAUCACCAGUAAGCCACCUGCUCUUGCUAAAAACAGAAGCAGAGGAGGGGAGCCAUGUUUGGGUUCUUCCCGUGUCCCUUUGGGCAGGAUCUGCUAAGUGGCUUUCCUUCCUACUUGAGGGAUAUGUUGUUGCCAUGUUCCUGGCCCACUCAUUCCCCUGAUUUACAUUAUGGAAGGGGUCCCUGAGUGGCACAAACGGUUAAGCACUCAACUACUAACCGAAGGGUUGGCAGUUCAAACUCACCCAGAGGCACCUCAGAAGAAAGGCCUGGCGAGCUGCUUCUGAAAGGUCACAGCCUUGAAAACCAUAUUUAGCAGUUCUGCUCUACACGCAUGGGAUCGCCGUGAGUUGGGAUCGACUCGAUGGCAACUAACAACAAGAAAUCAUGGAAAUAGCUCGCAGAUAACCUCGUAUGAAAAUCACGUCUUGACUUGCUAGUACGUGUACACGUCUUAAAGAGACCCUAGGUGCUCAGAGCAUUUCUCCAGAUAACCUUGGGUUGCCUGUUUGCUAUGAAUCGGAAUUGACUCAAAGCCAGCGGCUUUUUUUGGUUUAUCCUUUGUCCAGGAGCCCUCAUGGCACAGUGGCUAAAGCACUCAGCUGUUAACCUGAAGGUCGGCCGCAGUUCAAACCCACCAGCCGCUCCACAGGAGAAAGAUGUGGCGGUCUGCUUUCCGUAAGGGUUACAGCCUUGGAAGCCGUACGGGGCAGUUCUACUCUGUCCUGUAGGGUAGCUAGGAGUCGGAAUUGACUUGGCAGCAAUGGGUUUUUUUGGGGUUAGCCUUUGUGUGGACUUCAAGCUGACCUUGAUCUAAAUGGACCAUGUUACAAGCUUUCUGCUUAUGGCUUCCACUUUAUCUUUUAGACAUCAAACUGUUCACCUGGAGCAGUGCCCAGUAAUCUUACACACACACACACACACACACACACACAGAAAAAAAAAACCCGUUGCCGUCGAGUUUUUCUAACAGUCACAGCUACUUUAAAAAGACCUCUUGGUCUGAAUUAGCUGUUGCUUUUU